AUGGGUUCCGGGAAAAACAUAGUUGAGUAUAUGCACUUUUGCACAGGUGGUGGUGGUGGUGGUUUGAAUGACGGUGAGGGUCUCAUGAAUACUCGCUUCCUUGCUGCAAUCACCAGUAUCCUCCAAAAUGUGUGGUCAUCAAUCAGUAAGGCAGAAGCUGGUGUUGUGGCUGUGGAAGCAGACAAUCUACCUCUGGCCUAA